AUGAUCGCGUCUUGCUUGUGUUACCUGCUGCUGCCGGCCGCGCGCCUCUUCCGCGCCCUCUCAGAUGCUUUCUUUACAUGUCGAAAAAAUGCCCUCCUGGCGAAGAGCUUGUCCCCCCAGGUAGAGGGUAACUUUGCCAUGGCCCCUCGGGGCCCCGACCAGGAGGAGUGUGAGGGCCUGCUGCAGCAGUGGCGAGAAGAAGGUUCAAGCCAGGUACUCUCAACUGUGAGCGAAGGUCCCCUUGCAGAUAAGGCACUGGCCCAGAGCAGCCUGGCACUCCUAAUGGAUAAUCCCGGACAGCAGGAUGCUGUUUCAGAGGACAAGUGGUGCAGCAGGCAGCUGAGUGACCUGCGGGCAGCAGAGAACCUGGACGAGUCUUUCCCAGAGGUGCUAGAAGAGGAGACACUGCCAGAGGUCGAGGGCCCUAUGUGGGCAGCUGUCCCCAUGCAGAUGGGCCCCCAGUAUGCAGACUGUGCUGUCCUCCCAAUGAAUGCCCUGGUCACAGAACAGUGGGAAGAGGACCCCGCAGUGGUGGCCUGGAGUAUAGCACCUGAGCCUAUUCCCCAGGAAGAGACUCCCAUCUGGCCCUUUGAGGGCCUGGGGCAGUUACAGCCUCCCCCAAUGGAAAUACCGUAUCACGAAAUUUUGUGGCGAGAAUGGGAGGAUUUCUCCACCCAGCCAGAUGCUCAGGGCCUGGAGGCAGGGGAUGGCCCUCAGUUCCAGUUUACUCUGAUGUCCUACAACAUUCUGGCCCAGGACCUGAUGCAGCAGAGUUCAGAGCUCUAUCUGCAUUGCCACCCAGACAUCCUCAAUUGGAACUAUCGUUUUGCGAACCUCAUGCAGGAAUUCCAGCACUGGGACCCUGAUAUCCUGUGUCUCCAGGAAGUCCAGGAAGAUCAUUACUGGGAGCAGCUGGAGCCCUCUCUGCGAAUGAUGGGCUUUACCUGUUUCUACAAGAGGAGGACUGGGUGUAAAACGGAUGGCUGUGCUGUCUGCUACAAGCCCACCAAAUUCCGUCUGCUCUGUGCCAGCCCUGUAGAGUACUUCCGGCCUGGCUUGGAGCUCCUCAAUCGGGACAAUGUGGGCUUAGUGCUGCUGCUGCAGCCGCUAGUCCCAGAAGGCCUGGGGCAAGUCUCGGUGGCCCCCCUGUGUGUGGCAAAUACCCACGUCCUGUACAACCCACGCCGGGGUGACGUCAAGUUGGCCCAGAUGGCUGUUCUCCUGGCCGAAGUGGACAAGGUGGCCAGGUUGUCAGAUGGCAGCCACUGCCCGAUCAUCUUGUGUGGGGACCUGAAUUCUGUCCCUAACUCACCUCUCUACAACUUCAUCAGGGAUGGAGAGCUCCAGUACCAUGGGAUGCCGGCCUGGAAGGUAUCUGGACAGGAAGACUUCUCCCAUCAGCUCUACCAGAGGAAGCUGCAGGCCCCACUGUGGCCCAUCUCCCUGGGCAUCACUGAUUCCUGUCAGUAUGUCUCCUCCUGUCAGCCCAAGAGAUCAGAGAGACGCAAAUAUAGCCGAGACUUUCUGCUACAUUUCCGCUUCUGCAACAUCGCUUGUCAGCGACCAGCAGGACUAGUUCUCAUGGAAGGAGUGACAGACACUAAACAAGAGCGACCUGCUGGCUGGGUCGAGUCUGUCCUUGAGGAAGAUAUAUCCGAGCCUGAACCUGCCUUUCCCAGGACUGUAGGUGCCAUCCAGCACUGCCUCCACCUGACCUCGGUGUAUACCCAUUUCCUGCCCCAGCAUGGCUGCCCAGAGGUCACCACCAUGCCCUUGGGUCUUGGCACGACAGUGGAUUACAUCUUCUUCUCAGCUGAGUCCUGUGAUAAUGGGGACAGAACUGAUCGCAGGUUGUAUCGAGAUGGAACUCUCAAGCUUCUGGGCCGUCUCUCCCUCCUCUCUGAAGAGAUUCUCUGGGCUGCCAAUGGCUUACCCAACCCCUUCUACUCUUCAGACCACCUCUGCCUGCUGGCCAGCUUUGGAAUGGAAGUCACCGCCCCAUGAUGGGGCUCCCAGGGGAAGAGGGCUUCUCCUCCAGAAGAGCUCACUGGAUCAGAGACUGUGGAAAUAUCCCAUGCUUCUGGAAACUUAGAUCCAAGAAACUUAAGUCCCCUCCCCUCCCCCUCCUCCUUCCCUUUGUCCCAUGGUUAGAUUUCCCCCAGGUGGUCCCUGCCCCACCCAACCUCUUCCUAAUCCUGUGCCACAUACUCAGUGGCCCUGGGAGAGGCAGAAGGGGGGUUCCCUCUUCCUUCCAUGUAUCCAGCACUCCCCCUUGAUUUUUAAUUACCAGGGUUGCGGGAGCUAUUGAUCUCAUUGGUUAUUUGCUUUCAGGCCAUUUCUUGGUACCUUCUUCCCGACCUUCUCCCUGCCUUCA